AUGGGGGCUGUGCUCCUCAAGCGUGGGGGCUGUCUCCUGCUGUGGCUGGCUCUGCUGCUGAGCUGCUGGGCUGAGCUUGGCAGUGGUCUGGAGUUCCCAGGGGCUGAGGGCCAAUGGACCCGCUUUCCCAAGUGGAAUGCCUGCUGUGAGAGUGAAAUGAGCUUCAAUAUGAAGACACGCAGCUCCAGUGGGUUGGUCCUCUAUUUUGACGAUGAGGGGUUCUGUGACUUCCUGGAGCUGAUCUUGACCCAAGGGGGGAGGCUUCAGCUCAGCUUCUCUAUCUUCUGUGCUGAGCCUGCCACCCUGCUGACUGACACACCUGUCAAUGACAACCUCUGGCACACAGUGGUCAUCCGCCGCCAUUUUAAGAACACGACACUGCUCAUUGACCAGACCGAGGCAAAGUGGGUGGAAGUGAAGUCCAAGCGGCGUGACAUGACUGUCUUCAGUGGCCUCUUCUUGGGUGGGCUCCCGCCCGAGCUGCGCUCAGCAACCCUGAAACUGACGCUUUCCUCGGUGAAGGACCGGGAGCCCUUCAAGGGCUGGAUAACAGAUGUCAGGGUCAACUAUACACAGGCCUCACCUGUGGAGAGUCAGGAGGUGCGGCUGGAUGAUGAGCAGAGCCGCCUGUGCGCCAGGGAUGAUGUUUGCCUCAACGGUGGCAUCUGCUCGGUGCUCAAUGACCAGGCUGUCUGCGACUGCUCACAAACCGGCUUUCGGGGGAAGGACUGCAGUGAAGAAGACAACUAUGUGGAAGGUCUGGCGCACCUGAUGAUGGGCGACCAAGGAAGGUCCAAAGAGGAUGGAUCUAGAGAAGGAUGCAUCCAUCUCCUCGGGGGCGACACUGGGAAGGAGGAAUAUAUUGCAACAUUCAAGGGAUCGGAAUAUUUCUGCUAUGAUUUGUCCCAGAACCCCAUACAGAGCAGCAGUGAUGAAAUAACUCUGUCAUUUAAAACUCUUCAGAGGAACGGACUGAUGCUUCAUACAGGAAAAUCAGCUGAUUAUGUCAAUCUUGCACUGAAAAAUGGAGCUGUCUCGUUGGUCAUUAAUUUGGGCUCAGGGGCCUUUGAAGCACUGGUGGAACCUGUGAAUGGAAAAUUUAAUGACAAUGCCUGGCAUGAUGUGAAAGUAACCAGGAAUCUGCGUCAGCACUCAGGCAUUGGACACGCUAUGGUAAACAAACUACAUUGUUCGGUGACAAUAUCAGUGGAUGGAAUUCUGACUACUACGGGCUACACGCAAGAAGACUACACCAUGCUGGGUUCUGAUGACUUUUUCUAUGUUGGUGGCAGUCCUAGCACAGCAGACCUACCAGGGUCACCCGUCAGUAACAACUUUAUGGGCUGUCUCAAAGAGGUUGUAUAUAAAAAUAAUGAUGUCAGACUGGAGUUAUCUCGACUUGCCAAGCAAGGAGACCCUAAAAUGAAGAUUCAUGGAGUUGUAGCAUUUAAAUGUGAGAAUGUUGCAACCUUGGAUCCAAUCACAUUUGAAACACCAGAGUCUUUCAUCUCUUUGCCAAAGUGGAAUGCCAAGAAAACAGGGUCAAUAUCAUUUGACUUUCGCACAACUGAGCCAAAUGGACUGAUUCUUUUCAGUCAUGGAAAACCAAGGCAUCAGAAAGAUGCCAAACACCCACAAAUGGUAAAGGUUGACUUUUUUGCCAUUGAGAUGCUUGAUGGUUACCUUUACCUGCUGUUAGACAUGGGAUCGGGUACUAUUAAAAUAAAAGCCUUGCAAAAGAAGGUGAAUGAUGGAGAGUGGUACCAUGUGGACUUUCAGCGGGAUGGACGGUCAGGUACCAUUUCUGUGAACACAUUACGUACACCUUACACUGCACCAGGAGAAAGCGAAAUCCUAGACCUAGAUGAUGACUUGUAUCUUGGGGGCUUGCCAGAAAAUAAAGCAGGGCUGGUCUUUCCAACAGAGGUGUGGACAGCACUUCUCAAUUACGGAUAUGUUGGCUGCAUCAGAGACUUGUUUAUUGAUGGCCAAAGCAAGGAUAUUCGACAAAUGGCUGAAAUUCAAAGCACUGCUGGAGUGAAACCCUCAUGCUCAAGAGAAACUGCAAAACCAUGCCUGAGCAACCCCUGUAAAAACAAUGGUGUAUGCAGGGAUGGGUGGAACAGAUAUAUCUGUGAUUGUUCUGGUACAGGCUACCUUGGCAGAUCAUGUGAGAGAGAGGCAACAGUUUUAAGCUAUGACGGAAGUAUGUUUAUGAAGAUACAGCUCCCUGUUGUGAUGCAUACAGAGGCAGAAGAUGUGUCCUUACGGUUCAGGUCUCAGCGAGCUUAUGGCAUUUUAAUGGCAACUACUUCUAGGGAAUCUGCAGAUACACUUCGUUUAGAGCUGGAUGCAGGACGAGUUAAACUAACGGUCAACCUAGACUGUAUCAGGAUUAACUGUAAUUCCAGCAAAGGUCCAGAAACCCUUUUUGCUGGCUAUAACCUCAAUGAUAAUGAGUGGCACACGGUACGUGUGGUUCGUCGAGGAAAAAGUUUAAAGUUAAUGGUGGAUGACCAACAAGCUAUGACAGGUCAAAUGGCUGGUGAUCACACGAGACUGGAAUUCCAUAACAUAGAGACAGGAAUAAUAACAGAACGCCGCUACCUGUCCUCUGUUCCCUCUAAUUUCAUUGGACAUCUGCAGAGUCUCACAUUUAACGGCAUGGCAUACAUUGACCUAUGUAAAAAUGGAGACAUUGAUUAUUGUGAGCUAAAUGCCAGAUUUGGUUUCAGGAAUAUCAUAGCAGAUCCUGUCACCUUUAAAACAAAAGCAAGCUAUGUUGCACUGGCCACACUACAAGCCUACACAUCUAUGCACCUUUUUUUCCAGUUCAAAACAACAUCACUGGAUGGACUGAUACUCUAUAACAGUGGAGAUGGAAAUGAUUUCAUUGUAGUUGAAUUAGUUAAAGGGUAUUUACAUUAUGUGUUUGAUUUGGGAAAUGGUGCAAAUCUCAUCAAAGGAAGUUCUAAUAAACCUCUGAAUGACAAUCAGUGGCACAAUGUGAUGAUAUCGAGGGAUACCAAUAAUCUUCAUACUGUGAAGAUUGACACUAAAAUCACAACACAAAGCACAGCAGGAGCCAGAAACUUAGACCUCAAAAGUGAUUUGUAUAUUGGAGGAGUGGCGAAAGAAAUGUAUAAAUCCUUACCAAAACUAGUGCAUGCAAAGGAGGGAUUUCAAGGUUGCCUUGCAUCAGUUGACUUAAAUGGACGUCUGCCUGAUUUGAUCUCGGAUGCCCUGUUUUGCAACGGACAAAUAGAAAGAGGAUGUGAAGGCCCCAGCACCACAUGCCAAGAGGAUUCGUGUGCAAACCAAGGAGUGUGCUUGCAGCAGUGGGAUGGAUUCAGCUGUGACUGCAGUAUGACCUCCUUUAGUGGACCAUUGUGCAAUGACCCGGGAACAACAUAUAUCUUUAGCAAAGGUGGUGGACAAAUCACAUACACGUGGCCUCCUAAUGAUCGGCCAAGCACUCGUGCUGACAGACUGGCAAUAGGGUUUAGCACUGUUCAAAAAGAAGCAGUUUUGGUACGCGUAGACAGUUCUACUGGGCUUGGAGACUAUUUAGAGCUGCAUAUUCACCAGGGAAAAAUUGGAGUUAAGUUUAAUGUUGGAACUGAUGACAUCUCUAUCGAAGAGAUCAACGCAAUCAUUAAUGAUGGAAAAUACCAUGUAGUACGUUUUACAAGAAGUGGUGGCAAUGCCACAUUACAGGUGGACAGCUGGCCAGUUAUAGAACGUUACCCGGCAGGAAACAAUGAUAACGAGCGCCUGGCGAUUGCUAGACAGCGAAUUCCAUAUCGACUUGGUCGAGUAGUUGAUGAAUGGCUACUCGACAAAGGGCGUCAGCUUACAAUCUUCAAUAGCCAAGCAACCAUAAAAAUUGGAGGCAAGGAACAGGGUCAUCCAUUCCAAGGCCAGCUCUCUGGUCUUUACUACAAUGGCUUGAAAGUUCUGAAUAUGGCAGCUGAAAAUGAUGCUAACAUCGUGAUAGAAGGAAAUGUGAGACUUGUUGGUGAAGUGCCUUCUUCUCUGACAACUGAAUCAACAGCCACAGCAAUGCAGUCUGAGAUGUCCACGUCAGUUAUGGAAACUACCACCACUUUGGCCACGAGCACUGUCAGAAGAGGAAAGACCCCUACAAAAGAACCUAUUGGUCAGACCACAGAUGACAUCCUGGUGGCCUCGGCUGAAUGUCCCAGUGAUGACGAGGAUAUUGAUCCCUGUGAGCCGAGCUCAGGUGGGUUAGCAAAUCCUACCAGAGCAGGAGGAAGAGAAUACCCAGGCUCAGCUGAAGUGAUUCGAGAAUCCAGCAGCACAACAGGCAUGGUGGUUGGAAUCGUUGCAGCAGCGGCACUGUGUAUCCUAAUCCUUCUUUAUGCCAUGUACAAGUACAGAAACAGAGAUGAAGGCUCGUACCAUGUAGAUGAGAGUCGAAACUACAUCAGUAACUCAGCACAGUCCAAUGGGGCUGUGAUUAAGGAAAAACAGCCCAACAGUGCUAAAAGUUCCAACAAGAACAAGAAAAAUAAGGAUAAGGAAUACUAUGUCUGAUCCCAACAUCUAAGAGAACACUUGUAUAGAAAUAGUCUUCAUUUUAUCUGAGACAUAAUACAAACUUAUUUACUUUACUUUUUAUGAAGCACAUAAAAAAAAGAAGACAGGGAACGCAAUCAGAAAGGAAAGACUGUUUUAAAAACAAGCAUUUCAUGCUCUUGUUUUUCAGAAACAGGAGCCAAUAAAUUUCUAAAUAUCCACAGUGUUUUCAUUUACUCUUCCUGUCUUUAUGUUGCUGGAACAUUUCUGAAAGACAAUGAUGAUACCACGCAUUCAUAAAGCAACGAGUAUUACUACAACAUCAAGGCACAAUAUGAAACAAACUAAAUAAAAAAACAAAACUCAGACACACACACACACACAGAAAAAAAAAGAAGCUACCUAUGAUUCUGGAUUUAGCCAAAGUGCUAGCGCUUUCUUGAGAAGUAA